AUGCCCCGUCGUCAUCAGUUGCUUGAUCAAAAGAAGAGUCGUGAACGAAAUCGACGACGAUUUGAAAGGAACGCGACGGCAGACGAGGGAAACACAAAAUCAGGUGAGGGGUCCAAUGGUUGCCGAUCAAUCGCAGGAACGAGAAUGAAGAAAGCGGACGAGAACGAACAAUUGAUGGGUCGAAAGGCAGCACGAAGGUUCGUCGCUCGACUCGCCAUCGGCGAUGGCCUCCGGCGUUCGACUAGACUGAAGAAGCAGAAGGAUCAAAGCAGCGAGGUGGCAAUGACCUCGGACGAGAAGGAAGAGACGAAGCAGCGGGACUACUCGUCUUCUGUCUUGGAAGUAGUUGCGAAGGGGAAAGAGGUCCGAUGGCGGUCUGGGAGGUUUCGCGAGCAGCAGCAUCGACGAUAA